AUGGCAGAACAUAUCUUCUACCCCGACGAACCGCCCAAACCCUUCCGGAUAGAGUAUAAUGGUCCUCUAUACGAUGGCGGGGACUGGGACACAUUCCCGACUCGCUAUGGCUGGAAGACCGAAACAGGCGACGAUAAAUUUCGUAUACGCCUUAUUCCGGCUGAAAUGAAGACUGGAAUAGAGUGCUGGCUCUAUUUCGGCGUGCUGAAUCAUGUAUUCGAGGGAAAGGUUGAGCAGUCUGAUUUCUUGCUUCGUGACGGGGAGAAUGGUGGUGGUGGUGGUGGUGGUGGUGGGAAACAAUACCUGACCACAAGGCAUUUGUACAAAUAUGUCGAGAAUGCGAAGGAGUGGAAGAAGAAUAAGACAGGUGAAAAGGUUGUUCCAAUUGUGCAGAAAGUGUGCGAGCAGCUUGAGAAAUAUAGUUCUGUGUUAAGGGGGGAGAUGGCACUAGCCACCCGCUUGUUGUGCCAAUCUCUAUGGAACAUUGCCGUAAAACGAGAUGGUCCUCAGACCAAAUCGGGUCUUGUGCAGAGAUGGCUUCUUAGCAAAGAUUAUGACGCUGAUUUAUUGCUGAAAGAUGGAUGGUGUCCGUGGGAAGUCCAAAAGUCGCGUAUGACUGGUGGCGGAGUCGAUACAAUUGCAUAUUUGUUGCAGUUAGUGCGCAAGAAGCCCGAAUGGGAUAAGAAGACGCAUGACAAGUGCAAAAAGACGGAAUGCGCGGCUAAUAAUGUCGAUGAGAGUGAUUAUGUUACAAGGCAUGUCACCGAGGGUUGUACCUGUGAACAUCAACAGGCCGAUAUCGAGCAACUACAUACCAUACUCAAGGAUGGCGGUGUUCCGUUGGUAAGAAUUACGCCAACCGGGGAAGUCGAUGAACAGGAAAAGCCGAGUUUUAAGAUUGAGAUUGUACGAAAGAAGAGCGGAAGACAGUAUGCAGCGAUAUCGCAUGUGUGGUCUGAUGGAUUGGGGAAUACGGAUGGUAAUACGCUUCCCAGUUGUCAGAUUCAGCUUCUGUAUGAGAGGGCCAGGGUUCUGGUCACAGAUAAGGAGUAUGUCCCUAAGUACACCGGUGGUCCGUUUGGAGGAAUACAUACCGGUGCAGUGAGACUGGUUCAUUUUGCGAGCAAUGAAGCCCGUAAAGAUGAAUCAGUUUUGGUGUGGAUUGAUACAUUGUGUAUUCCGCAUCAACGGGAUGUGCGGAGUUUGGCGAUUCAGCGGAUUCGCGAAGUAUAUCUUGACGCAUACCGAACAAUGAUCCUUGACUCCGAAAUGCGCCAGGUGGAAACAAGCUCUACAUCGAACAUGCAACUCCUCCUCCGCGUGUUGUACUGCUCUGGCUGGAUUCGUCGCCUAUGGACACUCCAAGAAGGUCUCGCCGCCAAAAGCCGGCUGUAUGUUCUAUUCGCCGAUAAAGUAAUCAACAUUUCUACCAUUGCCGACGACAUCCUCACCAAGAUCGACAAGGGGAAGUUUCCGCUAUUACAAGAAACUGUCGCUUUCUAUGGAAUGUCGCUUUGGUUCUCGUUUUUCACGCAUACGAUUGACUAUGCCUCAAAGUUUGAGCGCGCAGUAGACGUUUUCACAAGUCCCUUCGUCAAGGGCGGGCUGACGAAGGGUAAUCUGCUUGCGUGGAAUUGGUAUAAUGUCGCUAUGCGCGCCACGAGUAAAGCCGGUGAUCGGCCUAUCAUUCUCGCCGGCGUCUUGAAUCUAGACGUCAAGGAAAUCCUAGAAGUCAAGGGCGGAUCUGAUGCGCGUAUGCGCAAGUUUUACAGCAUUUUAGACGAGUUUCCGCACGACAUCAUAUUCCAGGAAGGUCCCAGAUUCGAAGAUGAUGGGAUGCGUUGGGCGGUUAAAGUGUGUCAAUAUAUGGAUAGGCCACAAUAUCUGAGCCAUGAAACUGGAAAGAUUACGCCCAGGGGACUACAGAUUUCGGAUCUAUCGUCGUGGUUGUUCCCUUCGCACCUAGGGUUUGAUCUUAGGAAAAUAGAUUUUGAUGGGGGACAACAGGCUUGGGAGAGAUGGCUUGCUGAGAAUGAGUUUGAAUCCCCGGAGUCGCCGAAUCUGUGUGUGUUCAACCCCAAGUUUGAGGUUGAGUGGAAGCCGGAUGGGAGCUAUGGGAUCAUAGUGAUGGAGUCAAAGGGUUCUCAGCCUGGGAGGUUUGCUUCGUGCGCGUUGGUGGAGCUUCAGACUACGGAAGGGAACGAGGUUCAUUUUGCGCGGUAUCUUGGUGUUGGCACCGUGGUGGGGAUGUCGAGUUGGUCGCAAUUGCCAGAGAAGGGGUUUUUGUUGCCUUUUGGAUGGGAUGCGUUGCAGAAACGGGAAUGGGUUGUUGGUUAG